AUGCCCGAGAAACCGCUCACCGUGGCCACCUACGCCGCCGGUGCUUCUCUGGCCGCCAUCACCCUCGUCUACGUCUUCGCGCCCACCUACCUAAUCGACGGCGACUCCAGUUCUAUUUCGGCUUCUGCGCGCAAGAAGGGCGUCGUGGGUCUCCAGAACCCGGCAAACGACUGCUUCAUCAACUCUGUCCUCCAAGCCCUUGCCGGCCUAACCGAUCUCCGGGUCUACCUGAUCCGAGAAAACCACCGGAGGCACAUUGACGAGCCAUGGGUAUACGAGGAGGUGGUCGAGGUAGAUCCCUUGCGCAAGAAUGCACCCGAGUGGAAGAACCAGGGCCUGCAAGGGGGUAUUGUCACCAAGGGACUUAAGGAUAUUCUCGACGCCCUCAACGAGCGACCCAUUUACAAGAAGGUCAUCUCCGCCACCAGCUUUGUGAAGGUUCUGGAGACCGCUUUUAGACAGCGCAUUAGCCGACAGCAACAAGAUGCCCAGGAAUUUCUGCAGGUGGUGGCCGAGCGGCUAUGUGACGAGUACCAUGCCGGGAUGAGGGCACGGCGUGCUGCCAGAAAGAAAGGCGGAGUCGAGGGCGAACCAACCAGCUCGGCUCCGACAGAGGGAGGUGCUGUGGGUGACGGUCUGGCCGGUGUCGAAUCGAAUGGUGAUACGAGUGAUGACGCGAGCGUACCAAGAAUCGAGGCAGAAGUGGAUUCGACAUUCGAAGACGACGACGAGGAUGGGUUUCCGAUGGAGGGUAAGUACGAAAGCCAAAUCGAGUGCCAGGCGUGCGGCUUCAAGACAAAGCCAACGGAGAGCACCUUCUGCACCUUGACAUUGAGUGUGCCGCAAUCGAGUUCGACUUCUCUCAACGCCUGUCUCGACGGCUUCUUCAAGACGGAAUAUGUGGACGAUUACAAGUGCGAGAAGUGUCGGCUCAUGCACGCCAGAGAUCUUCUGGAGAAGGAGAUGGCGCGCUCAAACUCGGAGAGUUUCAAGAAUGCCACGAGAGAGUCGAUUGCGAAACUCCAGCACGCCAUCGACACCAACCCUGAGGUAGCGCCACCAGAUGUAGUGUUACCAGAUAUGCGGUACGCGCCAAAGUGCAGAAUCGCAAAACACACACGUCUCACCGACUUUCCCAAGAUCAUGGCCAUCCAUCUGUCCAGGUCAAUCUUCGAGACCAACAUAUCACAGAAGAACUCGGCCAAGGUGGUCUUCCCCGAGGAAUUACCGUUAGGCGGCUUACUCUCGAAGAGGAAGUACAAACUACGCGGUACUGUAACACAUAAAGGUAGCCAUCACAGCGGGCAUUACGAAUCUUUUCGGCGGCAGGACAUCUCCCUUCCUUACUCGACAACCAACACCUUUCAACCUUCAGGAGUCUUCGCAAAGUCCGGAAACCCAAGUCCGACCGCUACUCCCAGUCCUGCGGCUACACCUCGGAUCGGCGCAAUAUCCAAGUCGGAAGAACCAAGUCCAGGUGCAUCGACCCCUGACCUUGUCUCAGCUUCCUCGGGGGCGAGCUCAUCGCUCCAUUCACUGGACACGUUACCACGUCCCUCGACGGACACGGCGGCCUCGACCGCGAAUGGGCGAUCAUCACAUCGUCAUAGUCCUACAUCCGCCCCGAAGGAACGCGAUUCCGACAGUAUCAGCCUCAGAUCUGUUGCCGCAUCGGCGCGCUCAACCGUGUCACGGCUAUCGCACUCGGCUAGGAACAGCCGCCAACGCAGCCCCGCCGGCAAACGUGCCUCUGCGCAUUCAACAGCAAACGGUACCGUGAAGCCAUCCAAAAUGAAUCUCGCCAAGCACAAGCGGCGCAAGCAAAAUGACAGAUGGUGGCGGAUCAGCGAUGAGAAGAUCAAGGAGGCCAAGACAAGCGAGGUCUUGGGCAUGCAGCGUGAAGUGUACCUACUCUUCUACGAGUUGGAGCGCGAGGGCCCGGCGCAGUCAUCGUAG